CCAUUGCCUUUCCACAGUCAGCUGUUACUAACUAGUUUUCCAACUAUUUAAGUCUCUUUAGUUGCUGUACAGUUGAAGUAGGCUUCGAAAGUUUCUCUAGCUCCAAAACGGUGGUACGAAAUUAUCCAAACUUUUGUUCCCAUGCAACCGGCGGCAUUAAGUUUUGCGUCGUGUUUUCCUAGCCUGAAGUAAUGAAUUAUUAUUUCGGUUGGCUUCUGAAGAGAGAGAUUUACCAAAUUCUGUACGUCCAGGAUGUCUUUUCACGCUACGAAGAUUUGUUGGCCAUCGUAAGCAAAGCGUUCGACCCAAAGCUUCUGUUUCUAACCGUUAUCCCGGUAGUAGCUGGUCUCAGUACGACGCUCUACUCGAAGCUGCUUCUUAGCGUGUUGUUAACGGAGUACGCCAAUACUUUUGUUAAAUGGGUGCUAGCCGAAGAUCGGCCAUUUUGGUGGUUGAACGAAACGAACGAAUUCACCACCCUGAACCGUCCUAAGAUUUAUCAGAAUGAGUUAACCUGCGAGCCAAGCCCGGGGAAUCCGUCCGGUCAUCUGAUGACCUCCACGGCCUACUUGUUUGUUAUAUUUUCGGUGCUGGAGGAGUGUUUGAGGAGCUACGGAAAAUUGGCAAUAAUUGCGCUUCGUAUCGUGUACUACAGCACGCUGCUUUUGAUUUCCGUUUCGCGAAUGUACUUUGGUUGCCACUUCUUGCACCAGUGCAUUUUUGGCAUUUUGCUAGGGAUUGGCAUGAGCAGAGUAUGUUUAUCGCAUCGCCUGGAAAAGUACAUCGCGAAGCAAUCACGCCGGAGACGGGUUGCCUUUGUGGGACUCAUUUGUGCGAUCCUGCUAACCGUUUACUGGAUACAGAAGCUACUGGGAAUCGAUCCUCAAUGGGCGGUAAAAAUGGCCUUCAAAUGGUGUGACGAUCCGUUCUACCUAAAGCCUACUACAACGUUGGUGUUCAGCAUUAUUCGCCUUACUGGAGCACUUCUGGCAUUCGCUGUAGUGGGUCCGGUGCAGAGAGCUAGGCUGCUCAACAUAAAACUCAGUAUGCCGAUGGUGAUGGCAAUGAUGGCAUUCGAAUGGAUUUCUCUGGACUAUACGCCACGCUUUUAUGGGGUUGUGAUAUACUAUUUGUACACUUUUCUGGUUCAUUUUAUAUUCACUUACGGCUAUCUGCGCUGGGUGCCGGCUCUUGCUGGGCUAGAAAAUCGCGUAUCCCGCGGCGAACGAAGCAAAUCUAAAACUAACUAACUCUGCAACAAAAACUUUAACUAACUAUUGAAACAGCGUCUGCUAGCCACGAGCUUCCACAUCAUCCUACGCUUUGAGGUCAGGUGCGCUAUCCCGUCUCAUAUCAGCAAAACGAAUUCGUUGCGGAAGCGCCAAUAGCAAUAGCGAAAGGAUAAUACGCUUUUAAAAACUAGAACGCAAAAUAAGUCCCAAACUAAAGGGCUGAACUAUUGCCUCGCACAAAACCCUUAGUUGAAACAACACGGCGCUCAAACGAAACUAUUAU